UAAUAUAGCCUACCAUUUUUUGUUUCACUUUUUUGUUGUUGAGAAAAAAAAAAAACGAAAACAUACGUCCGAGACGUUCCCUUCGUUUUUUUGUAUUGUUAAAUAAGUUUUAGUUGUUAACGAAAUGUCGAAUUAUAACGAAGAUAUAAAUAACGAAGUCAUCGUGAUUUCCUCAGACGAAGAGGAGGAAUUGGUGUACUUGGAGACCAUUGAUCUCACCCGCGACAUGCCGUCCACUUCGGCUGCUGCUGCCGCCCGUGACGCUAAUGGCAUUGCUGGCACUGCUCGCCAGACAGGACCCUCUCCUGUGGCCACCAACGGGGAAACGGGUCCUCCCGCAUUUGAUGGAGCAUCGGGCACAGAGAGCGCUCCAUUGGAAUGCGCCGUCUGCCUCCAGACUUGCAUCCAUCCAGCUCGUCUCCCUUGCGGCCACAUUUUUUGUUUCCUUUGCAUAAAGGGAGUUGCUUACAAGAAUCGUCGUUGUGCCAUGUGCCGACGCGAGAUCCCCGCCGAAUUUCUGGAUAACCCAACCCUAGUGAAUGGCAUCGAGGACAUUUGGGCCACCCGCGCCACUGAGGAUGGCUAUCAAUGGUACUACGAGGGACGCAACGGUUGGUGGCAAUACGAUUACCGCACCAGCCAGGACAUUGAGGAGGCCUUCAAGAAAGGCGAAAAAUCCUGCUCCAUACUCGUGGCCGGCUAUGUUUACGUGGUCGAUCUGGAGCAGCUAGUGCAACAGCGUCAGAACGAGCCCACUCGUUGCCGCCGUGUGAAAAGGGAUUUGGCCACCAUACCCAAAAAAGGAGUGGCCGGUCUCCGGAUCGAGGGCAACCAGGUGACCAGCGAUACUGUGUUCAGCCGACCAGCACCCAAUCCACCGAUGACAAAUACAGCAGCAGCAGCUGCGUCUAGUUUCAUUUCCACGAUUGCCGCCACAGACGCUGCCAUCCGGAUUGCCAGCGACAUCAUUGGCUCCACGCUGGCCCAUGCGGAUGAGCUGACGCGGGGACUGGCGGCCAGCAACAUCAGCGAGGAUCCCAGCAGCAGCAGCGGUGAGCAAAUCAUGUCAAACAAUCUACAGGACUCUGAAACAGCAGCAGCACCAGGAGCAGUUGCACAUACAUCGCGCUCGCUUGCCUCCUCACACUCCAGCUCUAUUCAAGAUCUCCUGUUCAGCGCCACCGAGAAUCAGUUGAACACCCAGCAGGUGAUAGCCAGCAACCAGCACACCAUCGAUCUUUUCGAGCAGGCCUUGAACGAUUUCCAAGCCAGACUUACCUUGCACACCUUUGCGGACUCCAGUGAUGACGAUGAUGACGAGAAUGGGGAUGCGGAAGGGCCGAAUGUUGUUCCCGUGGAGGGUGAAUCGAGGGAUUUGGAGGCGAGCGAGUCGCAGCCAAACGGCAAACACGAGGGACUAUAAACAUAAAUCCAAACACACACACAAUAUAUCCCUCACCCCACUCCUCCCAUACACUUAAAAAAAGAAAUGUUCCUCGUAGUAGAUUUCUACUAAACAGUGAAAGGAAUGUUAACUAGAGAAAUGCAGCGCGUACCUGACUAUAUAUAUAGCAGAUAUAUAAC